AUGAAAGGCCUAGAGGAUUGUGACAUCGAACAGAUUGACCCUAAGCGGUCCGAUCCGGAGUAUUUCGUGUACGACUGUCUGAACGUCGAAGAGGUGGAAAAGCUGCUUAACGAAUCGGUAGAACGACUGAGCAAUCAACUUCAUAUCACACCGUCUUUGGCCAAGGUGCUCCUUCACGAAACCAAAUGGAACACAGCCGAGGUUGUGGAAAAGUAUCGAAACAACGCAUCUAACCUUCUAGUUAGCGCCCGUAUUAAAGCUGCCCCGGCGGUUAUGGCAAUAACUUCGCCCGCGACUGUUGUUCCUCUGUUAGCUGCUGGCAGUAGCGGUUCAGGCGCAGUACUUAUGCCAGUUUGUGGCAUGAUUCCAGCGAGUGCUCCCAUCCCCGGUACCAGUACGAAAGCAUCCCUCCAAACCAUUGCGCCAUGUGCAUAUCGAACUCACCUUUGUCCGGUAUGCGUCACCGUCCAAUCGAUGGAUAAAUUUCACAGUCUUUCUUGCCAGCAUUCGUUCUGUCGUGAUUGUUGGGCAAUGCACUUCGAGAUUCAAAUCAGCCAGGGAAUAUCCACGCAGAUUGGCUGCAUGGAACAACGAUGCGACGUUCGUGUGCCAGAGGAUUUGGUGUUAAAUCUGUUGAAUAGGCCUAUUUUGCGAGAUAAGUACCAGCAGUUUGCCUUUGCCGAUUACGUGAAAUCCCAUCCAGAGUUACGAUUUUGUCCUGGUCCAAAUUGUCAGAUAAUCAUUCGCAGUGCGGACAUCAGUCCAAAGAAAGCUACCUGUAAGGUUUGUACGUCUGCCUUCUGUUUCCGCUGUGGGACGGACUAUCACGCGCCAACAGAUUGUCAUAUAAUCCGGAAAUGGCUUACCAAAUGUGCCGACGAUAGUGAAACGGCCAAUUAUAUUAGUGCCCAUACGAAGGACUGUCCCAAGUGUCACAUUUGCAUCGAAAAGAACGGCGGUUGCAAUCACAUGCAGUGCUUUAACUGUAAGCAUGACUUCUGUUGGAUGUGCCUUGGUGAUUGGAAGGCACAUGGAUCGGAAUAUUACGAAUGUUCUCGCUACAAGGAGAAUCCAAAUAUUGCCCAUGAAUCCGUACAUGCUCAGGCUCGUGAAGCACUCAAAAAGUACCUCCAUUACUACGAACGGUGGGAAAACCACUCGAAAUCACUUCAACUAGAAGAGCAAACAUUGGAUCGAAUGAAGACCCGUAUUAACGAAAAAGUAAUGAAAGGCCUCGGGACCUGGAUUGACUGGCAAUAUCUGUUUGAUGCGGCCGCUCUGUUGGCCAAAUGCCGAUACACACUGCAGUAUACCUAUCCAUACGCUUAUUUCAUGGAGGGGUCGCGGAAAGAUCUUUUCGAAUAUCAACAGGCCCAACUUGAAGCGGAAAUCGAAAACCUCUCGUGGAAAGUGGAAAGAGCAGAAACUACCGAUCGAGGCGACCUUGAAAACCAAAUGGACGUUGCGGAGAAGCGAAGAACCACCCUGUUGAAGGAUUUCUUCCCGACCGAAGCGUGAGCCGCCGAUGCCGCUGGUUUGCUGAUCGAUACAGAUCCUUCAGAAUCGCCUAGAGGUAAAUGAACGAAAACUGAGAUAUUACAAUUAUUCCUCCAUAACUCCCACCUUGUUGUCCCCUGUCGUAUUAGUAAGGGUUAUGUACCGCAUCCUUACGAUGCGUGAGAAAUAUUGUAGAAUAAAAAUGUGAAACUUUCCUUUUCAUUUCGAUGAUUGCGUAUCUUUUGAUUUAAACUAUUUUCGGUUGAUUUUUUUUUCUAAAUUUUGUCAAUUAUGACAAAUUGUAUUUAAAUUCAGGUUUUGAUUCAACUUAGUAAAACAACACAUUUUAAAAUGGAGAGCGUAAUAGAAAUUAGAAAUGAAAUGUUUAUCAUCGAUAUUAGUUCUCAAAUUUAAUAUUCCUAUGAUUGCACCAAAUGAUCUUGAGGCAUAAUAAUUAUUGUACAAUAUGACACAAUAACGAUAACGAAUUUUGAUUCCGAUGCUGUGUGUUAUUGUUAAGAUAAAAGAAGAAAAAGACGUUUUUAUUUAGCAAUUUCAAAAGCUCAAUUUUUGAAGUUGAACAGCUUUCAAUUUCCUAGAUAUAAUGGACGUUUGAGUUUUUAUCUUUUAAGAUCGCGAAGAAGUAGACCUUCAAAGUCAGCAUAGCUGUUGCGGACCUUGGUUCGAAACAAAGCAACAACAUAACAUAAAUCUGACAGACUUAUAAAUACUUGGAAAAUAAAAUGCAUAUUUAAUGAGAUGAUUUUCGAUACUACUCUCGAAACAGCGUGAAAGUAAAUUUGAACUAUUUAUACUACGAACUAUGAUUGUAUAUGGUAGGAAAGUAAAGAGUACUUUAAUCAGGAUUAUAGUAUAAAUGAUAACUAUUACGAAAAUUUAUUCUAGGCACAUGGA